GACGCAGUAUGUGUAUAUUUUUAUUAUAUUAUAAUAAAAACACUUAUUUUAUUAUAUUUAUAUUAUACAUCCUAAACAUAUGCAAUUCAUAUUUGCUUAAAUGAUGACAAGAGAAUAUCCGUGACUUCAAUAUUGCUUUAUAAAAAGUUUAAGUAUGGUAUUAAUACGGUUGUAGUACCGUCUCAGAGCUUUCAAUACCUUUACAUUGUAAAAAAAAUUACUAAAGCUUUUCGUACAUUUUGGAAUACAAUUUUUACAAUAUUAAUACAUACUUUGACGUUUGUUUGAAAUUUUCUAUUUAAAAUUCUGUGCAAAUGUUUAUUUUCAACAAACGUUACCAUAUCAUUAAAAACAUAGCAUUUUUAUGCUGCCUAAAUUAAAAAAACUUAAUAACUAGAACUUUAUUGCUGAAAGUAUAUGCUAGUUUAUUUAAUUAGUUAUUUCUGGCAACAUUUAUGUGACAUGUAUACGAUAAGCAUGUUCGAUUUUUUCGAUACCCAAUUUACUUCUAUUUUACGUAUCCACUACGUAUUUGACGCAGUUGGGAAAAGUGUACAAUGUCAAGAGCUCUUACUAAACUUUUUGGAAUAUGAUACUUUGUAAAGUUUACGUCAUAAGCGCAUUAUUGAAGUCACGGUAUGUUUGAAUUUCAAUUGAAAAAGAAUUGAAUAAAAAACUACACAGAUAUAUGUACAUAUGUAUGUGAAUUUCCUACACUAGAUCCGCGUGCGACUCAAGCAAAAAAAUAUCUCUCAUAGCACUAAUGUUCUAAAUUUUGGUUUAUUCAAUUGACUUUUGCAAAAAAAAUGAUCUUCUGAUAUUUGGUAGAUAUUUUUCAGUGUCAAUUGGCAAUGAAAAGAAAAUUUGCGUUCUUUACUUGAACUAACGUACCUGAAUACACUUUUUUUAACGUUCGGCAACCAGAUCAUUUGACAACCAUUUGUUCGAGUAUCGAAAUGUACAACAGAUGAGAGAAAAUGUUACAUAUCAAAAAAUUUGCUGUCAUUUAGUUUAUUGUCGACAAAUAAUAAAAAAAGAAAAAUACAUAACAGCAAAACUAGAAUAAUAGACUUCCUUUCAGUCAAGAUAAAAUUUGUUCAUAUUUGAUUUUAAAACAAUAAUUUUUGUAAUUAAAACUAAUUAAAUAUUGAAAUAAGUUAUUGAUAUUUAAAUUAUUUGAAUAAUUAGCAAAAAAGUGAAUUGAAAUCAAUAAUAAAUGCAAAUUAAAAAUUCUAUAUAAUGUGGGAAACGGAAAAUAAAAAGUAACAUUUUUUGUGCUUGUUCUUUUUGUUUUUAAAUAAGGAAACGUGAAAAAUACAACUACAUCAAAAUGGAUUUCCUUAAUAUUAUUAAGCUGAAAUAUAAAGAUUAUGGAUCAUUGGUAUCAGAAAGUUGGAUACAAGAUCUUACGCAUAAAUUAGAAGCAUCGGUUAUGCUAUCUAUUACAAUAGGAAUUUUGAUAAUUCUUUCAUUUAUUGGAUUAUUUUUAUAUCGAAGAUAUUGUUUACGAGCCAGAGAAUUAAUUGAACAAACAUUAGAUAGAAAUGAAAUCAGACUACGGUUUCGUAAGCGUGAUAAAAUGAUAUUUUAUGGGCGCAGAAUGUUGCGUAAAGUGAAAAAUGUUUCUGGUCAAGUAUACGGUGGGCAAGGUAGGAAACGAGCAGCAAUUAAAGGCUUUGCACGAAAAAUUUUACAUUUAAAGCGGGAUGAUCCAAUGCAAAUAAAGACUGUAGAACCUCCUCCAGAAUAUUUGGAAGAAACUGCUGAAGGUAGCGAUAGAGUUCCACCGGAUGCUUUAUGUCUUUUACAAGGCAUUCGUAUAUUUGGCCAUUUUGAGAAGCCAAUUUUUAUUGAGUUAUGUAAAAGUACUGAAAUCAUAAACUUGCAAACUGCAGAAUUUUUGUUUAAAGUUUCUGAUCAAGAUGACAGUGUUUUUAUUGUUCAAUCUGGGGCAAUAGAUGUUUAUAUAAGUAACUUAGAUGGUAGUGUUACAUUGCUUAAAACAGUACGAAAAGGAGAAGCUAUAACAUCGUUGCUCAGUUUUAUUGACGUUUUAUCGGAAAAUACCAGCUUUUUCAAGAGUGUUGCAGGAAGAGCUGUUCAGCCAUCUAAAGUUAUUCGUUUACCAAUGAGAGCAUUUCAAGAGGUGUUUAAUACUCACCCGGAUAUUAUGAUUCGAAUUAUUCAAGUUGUGAUGAUGCGACUUCAACGUGUAACAUUUACAGCUCUGAGGAAUUAUUUAGGUUUACAUUCAGAGCUUGUACAAAAUUACAUGAGAGUUAAGCAAGUUCCUUCAACUGGAGCACCAACUAGUUCUUCGAAAUUAUCCCCGGGUCAUAGGCGUAAACAUUCGGAAGUUUAUAUGGAACAUAGUUUAUCAACUGAUACUAUUCAACCAGACAUGAUACAAGAUUUAACUGCUUCACAUGAUGCAGCGAGAUGUGCUUUGGCCUUCAUAAGCAGUGAAAAUGCUGAUGCAAAAUUAGUUUAUAAAUGCGCUGUUGACGGAUUUUUAAAUCAACUAGGUUUAACUGAAGAAGAUCGCCCUCUUCUAGAGGGAAAUGUUGAAGUUGAGGAACUUCAGCCUGGAGUAACAUUAAUCGAUGAAGGAACAAUCGAUAAUGUAUGUCUAUGGUACGUUUUAAGCGGAAGUCUUUCAGUACUACAAUGGAGCGAAGAACUUUCCAAAAGUAAUAAUAAGAAAACCAAUGGACGAGAGGUUUUUAUUCACAACGUUCAUCCUGGGGAAAUCAUUGGAGCUCUUGCCAUUUUAACUGGAGAAGCUAGUUCAUAUACAAUCCGCGCAAAACAUCACACGCGUGUAGCUUUAAUGCGGCGCGCAGCUGUCUAUAAUGUAAUGGGGGAAAGACCGAACAUAAUUUUAGAUUUGGCAAGCACUGUCGUUCGUCGUUUAUCACCAUUAGUACGACAAUGUGACUUUGCUAUAGACUGGAUAUUUCUUGAAUCAGGUCGUGCAGUAUAUCGCCAAGACGAAACUCCAGAUAGCACUUAUAUAGUUCUAUGUGGUCGUAUGCGUUCAGUUACAACUCAUUCUUCAGGUAAAAAAGAAAUAGUUGGCGAAUACGGUAAAGGAGAUUUAGUUGGAAUAGUUGAAAUGAUAACAGAAACGUCGCGUACCACUACUGUAAUGGCUGUUCGUGAUUCCGAAUUAGCGAAAUUGCCAGUUGGAUUGUUCAAUGCUAUUAAAGUUCGUUACCCCGCGGUUGCCUCUAGAUUGAUGUCACUAUUGAGCCAUAGAAUGUUAGGAAUGCAAACACGUUUUGGAGGACCGUUAGAUGCUAACCACGUCACGCAUAGAUUCUCGACUGUAGCUUUAGUACCAGUAAACGAUGAUGUGCCAUUAACAGCAUUUACUUAUGAAUUAUAUCACUCAUUAUGUGCGAUUGGACCAACUUUACGUUUAACAUCAGAAACUGUUCGGAACUCAUUAGGGCCAAUGUUUUUAGAGCCAAGCAAUGACUAUCGCCUUACAUCAUGGCUAGCGCAACAAGAAGAUCGUAAUAUAAUAACAUUAUAUCAGUGCGACUCUUCUCUAACUGCUUGGACACAACGCUGCAUGCGACAGGCUGAUGUUAUUAUAAUUGUUGGUUUAGCAGAUCGUUCCCCAACUGUAGGAAAAUUCGAACGUGAAAUCGAUAGAUUAGCGUUGCGUACUCAAAAAGAAUUAGUUCUCUUAUACCACGAAGCUUUGUCUGACAGGCCAGUCGGCACUAUACAUUGGCUUAAUAUGCGACCAUGGGUUACACAUCAUCAUCACAUUCAAUGUCCAAAAAGGAUGUUCACUAGAAAAAGUCAAUAUAGAAUUAAUGACCUAUAUAGUCGUGUUUUGAUGUCUGAACCAAAUAUGCACUCAGAUUUUUCACGUUUAGCACGUUGGCUAAGUGGUAAUUCAAUUGGACUUGUACUAGGCGGUGGAGGAGCACGUGGCGCAGCCCAUGUUGGAAUGUUAAAAGCUAUACAAGAGGCUGGAAUUCCAAUAGAUAUGGUAGGUGGUGUAAGUAUUGGAGCUUUUAUGGGAGCUUUAUGGUGCUCUGAAAGAAGUAUAACAACUGUAACACAAAAAGCUCGAGAAUGGUGUAAGAAAAUGACUCAGUGGUUUCGUCAACUAUUAGAUUUAACUUACCCUAUAACAUCUAUGUUUUCGGGUCGAGAAUUCAAUAAAACAAUUCGGGAUACAUUCGGCGACGUUUACAUAGAGGACUUAUGGAUACCUUAUUUUACAUUAACUACUGAUAUUUCGGCUAGCUGCCAUAGAAUUCAUACGAAUGGGUGUUUAUGGCGUUAUGUACGUUCAAGCAUGUCAGUAGCUGGAAUAUUUCCUCCCAUGUGUGAUUACCGGGAUGGUCAUCUUUUAAUUGAUGGUUGUUACGUAAAUAAUGUACCAGCUGAUGUAAUGAAAACUAUGGGUGCAGCUCAUAUAAUAGCAAUAGAUGUUGGCUCAGCUGACGAUACGGAUUUAACGAAUUAUGGUGACGAUUUAUCUGGAUGGUGGGUUCUUUAUAAAAAAUGGAAUCCAUUUACAUCACCAGUUAAAGUGCCAAAUUUACCAGAUAUACAAUCUAGAUUAGCUUAUGUAUCAUGUGUUAGGCAAUUAGAGGAAGUAAAACGUUCUGAUUAUUGCGAAUAUGUUCGACCGCCAAUCGAUAAGUACAAAACGUUAGCAUUUAGUAGUUUCAAUGAAAUACGGGACGUUGGUUAUGUUCAUGGUAAAAAUCUGUUUGAAGCAAUGUCAAAAGAUGGACGUUUAGCACGUUUUAAUAAAUGGUUUAUUAAAGAACCACCUCGCAAAGAUCCAUUUUCAUUAUUUGAAUAUACAUUUGUUGAUUUAGCUCAAGUUGUUUAUAAAGUUAAUGAAACUGAAACUAAUCAAAUUAUGUCACAUAUGUAUAGCGAGGAUGAAGAUUUAGAUGGCUAUAUAUCAGAACCUUCUUUUCAUAUGUCUGGUGUUCUACGUUCAAAAAAAGAUAUGCGCAUUAAAAGAGCUGGAGGUUCACUGUCUUUAUCGGAGAAUGAAAUGGAUUCAGAUGGUGAUGUCGAAUUAUCAUUGCCGUUGAAAUUGGAUAGUAGUACAAGAUCGCGUAGUUUAACACAUACGCCACGAACUGAUAGUCCUAUAACUCCAGACGAUAAUAAUAGAUUGAAACAAUUAGGUAUUUUGGAAUUUCAAGCGGAACUGCAUUAUCAAUAUCAUCAAAAUGAAACUUUACCAAAAACAGAUACCAUUUCUGAUGGAAUAGAAGAUUUACCUUUAGAUAGUGAAGAAGUUUCGUCUAGUAUGAAAAGCUAUACGAAUAAUAACAAAUAAUUUUCAGUUAAAAUUUUAUUUAGAUUUGGUGAUUAAUUUUUACAUGAUUUUUUGAUACCAAUUGAUACCAAAAUAUUUUUAGCUUAUUUUCUUUAACUAGGUUUUAUAAAUAAUAUUAGAGGUAUUCGACUUUUUUUUAGUUUUAGAGAAAUUUCAAAAAGGAAUAUUGGAAUAAUUUAACCACAACAGAACUGUUCUAGAUUUAGUCACUAAAAGUAAUUCUUUUGUUUCUUUUUUCUUAAUUUGUGUGUAUUUUUUUUAUUGAAAAUGUAUACAUUAUAUGGAAGACAAACUUUUUUUUUCAUUAAAUUAAUAACUUUUUUUUAUGAAAUUUAUAUUUUAAUUAAACUAAAAUUUAUCCUAAAAUGCUGUUGCAAAUUUCACAAGUUUCAAAAUUUAUGUGUAAAAUGGAAACUUUAUAAUUAUAUAGGUUAACGUUUUUUAUUAACCUGUUUUAUUCUAGUAGUGGAAUAUUUACGAUAUCAAAACCCUUAAAGUUUAUUUUCGAAUGAGAAAUAUGGACAUGCAUAUACAUAUCUUAGAGCUAUGAGAGAAUCUCCGAAAAAAUUUUUUAAUUUUUCCAUCUGAAAUUAAAUUUUAAAAUUAAAACUUCUCACACUUUUAUUAGACUCGGUGCAGUUGUAUUAUUUCAGUUUUUUUAUUAUCUGAUAUAGUCUUUUCAAAAACGUGCUUUUCACAAGGAAGAAAGUUGUUUGAAGUAAACUUUAGAUAAAAUGAUAAUAGAAUAAACAAUACCAUUAUAAUAAGUUAUUAUACCAUAGCAAAUACCUACGUUAAAAGACAGCUACGUUAAAAGAGGCGUAAUUGAAUUAGGUGGCCUAGAUUCUUUUCAAGUUGAAUUCUAAAAUUAGUUUAGAAGUGUGACAGUAUUUUAGUUAAACUAAAAUUACUUAUUUAUUAUAAUAAACAAAAUUCAUUUAUUAAAAAUAUUUAUCGGCUCGUUAUGCAUUUGAAAUACAUAAGUACGGAACAAAACAGAAAAAUUGUAUUCAAAAAUUUAAAUAUUCUACCUUAUUGUAAAAAUAUUUGAUUGUUCAAUUGGGCAAGCAUAGGCAAACUGACGGAUUUUUUUGUUUAACAUCACUGUUGCUUUACUGCACAACAUUUCAAUAAAAUUUAUGUUAUUUUCUCAAACAGCAGCUUUAUGUUUAACAAACAUUAAUUAACACAUCUUAUCUUAGCACAAGUGUUUGACGGGUCAUACAGUCCAAUUUAAAAUAAAAUUUUUGAUACGUUUUGGCAUAAAAUAUUAAAAUAAAUUAUAUUGUAGAAAGAAUUAACUCUAAAUUUAUAUUUAUGUAUAAAAAUUUUCAAAUAGCUUUAAAAGUUUACAUAUACAGAACAAAGAAAAACAAUUGUAAAUGUUGAUUAAAAAUAAAGAAAGAAAACUUUAUUAAUGAAAAUUAGUUCUUUUACCAAUUUAUAUUUUAUGAAAUAUUUAUAAUUUGA